CAUCACAAAACAAAGAUGGCGGUCAAUUGGAAAAUCUACUUCAUUCCACUUCCUCUUCUGUUAUUAACCUAUUAUUUAUUAUUUUCUGGACGAAAAGCAACCAAAAGAAACGAUCAUCACAAAGGAAGGCAAAGCGGUGCUGAAAGAAAUAACGGAAAACCAGAGUGCCCGUCUAAUUUUCAGGUAGUUGACGAAACUUGCGUUCGUUGCCCGCGCGGCCAUUUUAGUUUUCGAGGUUGGAUUGCGUGUUUACAAUGGUUAGAUUGUACCAGUAUCGCUCUUGACGUGAGGACUAGACGCAGAAUUGGUAUUCCAGGUCAUUUGAAUGCGGUCAAAGAAGUCUAUUUGGCGGAUUGGCAGGGGUAUGAUGUGGUGUAUAGUAAAUGCGCGAGUGACCUUUAUUACGAAGAUUGCCUACAUGGAAUGUAUAUGGUGGAAGGCCUUCAAAGGAGUGAAUUUGUAGUACAGCUCAUUGGCAUUUGCUAUAAUGACAGUCUAGAGAUGGUAACAGGAUAUUACAAGCAUGGCUCAGCAGACACACUUGAUGAACUCCUGGAGAGACCAGAACUUGGUCACUUCAACACUCUAGAAACAAGAUUUCAACUAGGCAUAGACUAUGUUAAAAUCCUCCAAUUUCUUCAUAACAGUCCUCUUGGUGUGCGGGUCAUGUGUGAUUCAAAUGACAUAACCAAGACAUUGUCACAGUACCUGAUAACAAAUGAUUUUCAUCUUGUCGUCAAUGAUCUUGAUGCUUUACCAGAAGUAAAAGCAGAUGAAGGUGAACUGAUCAAGUGUGGUCACAGAGAACUGUAUGGUGAUUUUGUAGCCCCUGAACAGUUGUGGCCUUACUCACGCCCUUUUGAUGAUGAAGAAAUGCCUCCCUAUGAUGAAAAGAUUGACAUCUGGAGAAUACCCAAUGUUGUUGACAAACUGCUAGGCCGAGUUCAUAAUAGUAACUAUGUCAGACGCCUUCUGAUAGGGAUUCAUGAGUCUUGUAAACAAGAAGAUCCAGAAGAGAGGCCAUCAGCUACUGAGGUUCUUGAAGUAUUUUUGAAUGUACAGAAAAUUAUUUCGGCAGGAACGAGGCAGGACCUCUAACCGGUAUUUUCAGAUUUUUAAAUGAAAUUUUAAGUUUUUUCAACUGUAACUGCUCAAUAAAAUUUGAACCACCUAA